AUGACAUGGGACGAGGGUCGCAGUAGCGAAAAAACGAGGUUGUGCAUGACAGCGCGGCGUAAACGCUCAGCAUUGGGCAGAGCCUCGAAAAGGGUCAAGUCCAAGACCGUUGUAGAAGCAAACAAGACAAUUGAGGAUCAAGACGACGUGAUCAUGGAGACCUGCCGAUCCAAGCAAGUGUGGAAGCUGAAGCAACCGCGCUACGACUACCAAGACAAGAGCGAUUUGAAGACCAUGAUGCUGAUGCAGUCGAUACUACCACCAAUGCGCAGCUACUUACCGCAGUUCCAAAGCGCCGAACAAUUGGCCAAUUGGGUGUUUAAUGUCGCGAAAUAUCGGUCCAUGAAGCUGAAUCUGAAUUGUUACGAACGGAGCGAAGAAGUGCGUGAUGCCUUACUUCGACAAUUCCACCGUUGGCCUGGAACAAAAGUCUCCCAAGCGACGGAACGCUGUCAGCAGCUCAGCCAGGAGGCAGAGCAGCAAUGCCAGGAGCACGUGCAGUUGUAUCUUCACGAGCUCCGCGGAAAAUUGCUGGCCGGAGCUAAAGCGCUGUUCUGGCUUGACUUACUCCAACCACUAAUCCAUCCAGCGUCUGUGCCGAGACCCGAAGUCCGAGACGUUCUGACAGCAUUUCUCGACGAACUCAAGGGCGUCGACGGCCUCUACGAACAGUUGAUCGAGAAAAACGGGCGUUUGUGGGCUGUGUUAACGCUGCCGUUGAAGCUUGAGCCGCUGUUUCAAGGUGUGAGUACUUUGGCGUUAUGUGGUCACCAAAUUGCGGCUAAUGAGGCGAUGCAGCUGUUGGCGAUGUUUGCUUCAGAAUACCCUGCGUUGGCAAGAGGAGAAAAAUGCAACUUCCCGUUGGGAUAUCCAUCGUGGCCAGUGUAG